UUUUGUGGCCCUUUUUUUCUAGGCUUAUGUUGUGAUUGAAGUGUCCCCACCCCCACCGAAAUGGACCUAUGGAAGAUGCAACGACUUUGAGAUUCAGAUUAAGGUAAGAGAUAAAUCCAAAUUAAAAAGCUUGACCAUGCUGCUUCCAGUUCAGCAAAGCAAGCCGCUAUUGUGUAGCUCAUUGUCCACAAUAAAAGGGAAAACAAAAAGUAAAAAGUUUUGCCUGGAUCUGUUUAAAGGUAAGUUUUGUUUGAAAGGUGCCGGCCGAUCAUUUUUGUUUAAUCAAAAUGCAAAAGUCAAGUAAAGCUGCUAAAUUCAAACUGGUGCUUUACUGCUUGCGUUUACAUAGUUUAUUUUUAAGGUUUUAAACAUUUGAAUCUAUCCAAGUUAAGCUAGCUAGUGUCUGCCAGAUUUUUCACAUUUCCCAGGAGAAUUUUGACACAAAAUUUCAUAUCUAUAUUAUUGGAAACAAAUAAUUCCUCGAUAUCUAUAUUUUCAAAAGAUUCGAUUAGCCGGUGAUUUAUGGUAAGUAAAUUAAGAUUAUAAAUCUCAGUAUCAUUUUAGUAUUAAUUUGAUGGAGUUUUAAAAAUACUAGUGUAUUAAAUAUAUUAAUUACCUAAAAAUUUUCAUUUCUCAUUGGCUGGUUGGCAUCUCAGCACAUGUUCCAAGUAAUAUGGAUGCAAGAGUCAAUUUUAGUCGAGGCGGCAAAGCAGAAAUAAAUUAAUUGAAAACAAAGAUGGAGACUACAACUUUCUAUUAUAUAUAUUUGGAUAAAUAAAUUAUUUAUUUAUAAUUUUAAAAAUUUGUGAUUAAAAAAAGGUUUUAAAUAUUACAUUGGAUUCUAUUACCAGCAGCUCUGCCAAGAUGAAGAUUUGUACUUUUGUAGCAGUCCAUCUCUAGCUCUUGCCAAUACGUCUUGUUUCUUUUCGAAUGCACAUUUAAGCUGAAGCAAAGCAACGAAGUUGUUGGAUAGGAACAAAAACAAGCAGUAAAUUAAAAGAAGUGGAAAAGUAAAUUGACAUCUUAGGAGGGAGGGGCCCUUGCCCUUUGCCUUUGCAUGUUUAACAGCUUCACACUUCACAUGCAAUCCCUAUUUCGAAACAAAACAAAAGCACCACUCUAGGUCUUGGCCACCACCAAUAAAAUAUUCUUCCACAUCUCCCAUUUUUUGCAGCUACAUAAACAACGAACCUAACCCCAUGUGGCAGACAAGCACGUACACUCACACUAGAAACUAAUGGAAAGGACCCCAUCACCGACACUUCAUUUUCGCUCUUUCAUUCCCUUUUAAGGGCUUAUUUAGUUUUAAACUUCAAGCCCAUUCCAGCUUCCUCACUUAAAUAUUGUGCCAUAUCCCACCCUAUUCAAUCAAAUCGUCAUUCACUCCCUACCCCUUUCUGUUAAAGUCUCUCACGUUCACUCUACAGUAAAGGGAAUAUCUCAUUUCCUUGUAAAAAAAUGCAGCUUCACUCGGCCGUGGCAUUGAUUUGUGCCACUGUUUCUCUUUUUGUCAUUGCCGGAGCUGAAGAUCCCUACAGAUUCUUCAACUGGAAUGUCACUUAUGGUGACAUUUUCCCUCUCGGCGUUCGUCAAACGGGUAUUCUCAUCAAUGGGCAAUUCCCAGGCCCUGAUAUCCACUCUGUUACCAAUGACAACCUCAUUAUCAACGUCUUUAACAGCUUAAACGAGCCUUUCCUCCUUUCCUGGAAUGGAGUCCAAAACAGGAGGAAUUCGUAUGAAGAUGGUGUAUACGGAACAACAUGCCCUAUCCCUCCAGGAAAGAACUUCACAUACAUUCUGCAGGUGAAGGAUCAAAUAGGAAGCUUCUAUUACUUCCCCUCUCUUGGGUUCCAUAAGGCUGCUGGUGGUUUUGGAGGGAUUAGAAUCCUUAGCCGACCACGGAUCCCGGUUCCCUUCCCAGAUCCUGCUGGAGAUUACACUGUUCUUAUUGGAGAUUGGUAUAAGGCCAAUCACACGGAUUUGAGAGCUCAACUGGAUAGUGGUAGGAAGCUACCUUUCCCUGAUGGAAUCCUUAUCAACGGCCGUGGACCUGGCGGUGCUUCCUUCAACGUCGAACAAGGGAAAACCUACAGGCUUAGGAUAUCAAAUGUUGGAUUGCAAAAUUCUCUCAAUUUCCGCAUCCAAAACCACAAGUUGAAGUUGGUUGAAGUGGAGGGAACCCACACUCUCCAAACUACCUACUCCUCAAUAGACCUUCACCUUGGCCAAUCAAUGUCCGUUUUAUUUACAGCCGAUCAGCCUGCUCAAGACUAUUACAUUGUGGUCUCCUCUCGCUUUACCAACCCGGUUCUCACCUCAACAGCAACUCUACGCUAUAGCAAUUCAGCCGGUCCCGUCUCCGGCCCUCCUCCUGGUGGUCCCACCAUCCAAGUUGACUGGUCUUUGAACCAAGCCCGCUCUAUCAGGACUAACCUUACAGCAAGUGGACCAAGGCCUAACCCACAGGGGUCGUAUCACUAUGGUCUCAUUAAUACGACCAGAACCAUCAGGCUUGCCAAUUCUGCCGGCCAAGUCAAUGGCAAGCAAAGAUAUGCAGUUAACAGUGUUUCCUUUGUUCCAGCAGACACUCCUUUGAAACUUGCAGACUUUUUCAAAAUCGAUGGAGUUUAUCGUAUUGGAAGCAUAUCAGAUAACCCUACUGGUGGAGGGAUGUACCUUGACACUUCGGUUAUGAAUUCGGACUAUAGGUCUUUCAUUGAGAUUGUGUUUCAGAAUGAUGAGGAUAUUGUCCAGAGCUGGCAUCUCGACGGCUACUCUUUCUUCGUUGUUGGUAUGGACGGAGGGCAAUGGACGGCAGCUAGUCGGAACGGAUACAACCUCCGUGAUGCCGUUUCGCGGUGUACCACUCAGGUGUACCCCAAGUCAUGGACUGCCAUUUAUGUGGCGCUUGACAAUGUAGGAAUGUGGAACUUAAGGUCCGAGUAUUGGGCGAGACAGUACCUGGGACAACAGUUUUAUUUGCGUGUCUUCACAACGUCAACUUCACUAAGGGAUGAAUACCCGAUCCCCAAAAACGCACUACUCUGCGGCAGAGCAAGCGGCAGAAGAACCCGUCCCCUUUAAAGCCACCUAUACAAUAAAUGAUCCGUAGUUGGAUAGUCAAAGCUGGUUUACAAGGAUGAAUGAUUGGACAGCAGAGUUUUAGCUUAUAAACUUAUGAACAGUGAAACAACACGAUUGUUGGUUACGAGUUUAAAAUUACUAGACCUCAACUCGAGGUCGCAUUCUUUCUUACUAUACAUUUGUAUUCCCAAUGCAUUGCUGGAGGUCAUAGAUAUCUAUUUCUUGUUAUUUGUGUGAAUCGAUCUUUACAUUAGGGGAUAUAA